GAGAAGGCAAAGAAAACCUAAGCCCCAGCUAAAGGGAAAAAAGAAGGAGGGUUUAUACGCCGUUCUUUACCAUUUUGUCAUUUACCGUUUCUCCGGUUUCGACAACUUACUUUCUACCUCCUUCAACAUCCCCAAAAUCAACCAUCGCUUUCUUCUGUGCUUUGAACUAAAAUCCACUUGCUCUGAUCGUCUUACUUUUUCAAGUACAGCUGGAGAUUUAGUUCUUCUUCUGCUUCUUCUGCUUCUUCUGCUUCUUCUGCUUCUUCUUCUUCCAACUAAGUGCUACCAUUACCACUACUACUAGUGCUACUACUGCUACCACUAACGGUACUACUAACUGAAUCCGAGAGUGAAGCGAAAGAAGAUCGAUUCAUCAUUCCUUCUGACCUCCACCCACACCCGCACCGCACCACACUACAUACACUCACUCACUACACUACACGCAUCUUGCCGUACACGAACCACCAACCUCAACUCAAUCCACCACAUCAACAAUAUCAACUUAUUACAUCUCUUAUCCAAACACCACCGGCGCACAUACAUGAUAACUUUUCAAUCACUGUCAAGUCAUUCUUAUCAACAAAUUCUUAAUUGCCGAAUGCGAUCAAUAAGCUUUUUAAUUUAGUAUUCACUUGGCAUCGUUGAAAUAGGUGUUGCGACAGAAUUGACUGGUUGUCCGAAAAAAAGUUCCAAGCGCGCAUACCUCAUAACCUACUUCACACUUCAAAUCACGGACUGCAAACUUAUAAGCAAACUGCGGCGGCGCACAAUCAUAAGUAAAUUUUCCAUUAACCUUCUCUAACCUUAUAUCCUUCUUUCCUUUCAACUUUAUUUUGCUUUACCUUGGCGCAACGCAAGAAAAUUGCUUACCUCAAAAGAGGCUGAUAUACUCAACCUUCCAAUUUAAGCUUGCUGACCAUCAGAAGGAAUAUCAACAACACAGUUUUAAUACGACAUCAAAGCUCCCUCUAUACACAAUGUCCAUGUACAAUCAUCGCGGUUUGGGUCCCGCCCCAGGUAGCGCUCGAUUGAAUGAGCUGUUGGAUGGCAUUCGCGCUGAAUUCGAAACUCAACAACGAGCAAGUGGGGAAUAUGAGCAUAAUAGUGAGUCGCACAGCAAGGUGGUUGGAGGUUGAUGGAGGAUGGUCAAUGGCUGAGUGUGGGAGGAAUUCUGUCAAGAUUCACUUUCGCCGUCAUCAUGACCUUAGAGCCAGCGCGAUGCUAACAUGUCUUUCUUAGUUGCACAGCAAAUACAAGAAAUGCAAAUGGUUAGAGAGAAAGUUUAUCAAAUGGAACAAACACAUCUGGCUUUGAAGCAAAAGUAGGGUUAUUAAUUCAUAUCAGGCAAUAUCAAUUUCGCUAACAUUUAAAGAUAUGACGAAGAGAUUUCACGACUUCACCGCGAACUAGAGGCCAGGGGAGGUCCAUCGCGUCCACCUGCCAUGGGUGGUCCGCCACAACAUGCUGCUCCAUCUCAAGCACCACCAGCUAUCGGUCAUGGUCCAAGUAACCUUUUUGGGGGUAUAAUGGCUGGUCAAGCUUCUCAAGGAGGUCCAGGUCUUGCUCCUCCACCACAACAACAAGAUGCGCAAGGUCCACUACCACCACACGCUAUGCCACAACCACAACCAACACUUCAAGGACCACCACCGAGUCAGCAAGGUCCUUUCCAAGGUGGUUACCCCCCACAAGGUCCACCACAAAAUGGUCCAUAUGGUGCUCAACCUCCUCAAUCAACCGCUUCUCCUGGUCCUGGCAAAGGUGGCCCUCGUCAAAACCGUGGCCCUGGUGGCCCAGCGACUCCUCAAAUGCCACAACAGUUACCAUACAAUAAUGAUCCUAGACAAUCACCACAAGUUGGUCACCCAUUAUCCGGUAUCCCUCGGGGACCGCAAUACCCUGUGGGUAAUGUGGGAAACGCUUUGGCAGAAUUGGACCUUGAACGCCUACCACCACAAUAUAAGAAAGUAGAACCCGAUUGGUUUGCAAUUUUCAACCCAGAUGUUCCAAAGAUUCUCGACGUUGAUCUUGUUCAUACUCUCAUUCACGAAUCUGUUGUUUGUUGUGUUCGUUUCAGUCAUGAUGGAAAAUUUGUCGCCACUGGUUGCAAUAGAUCUGCUCAAAUCUAUGAUGUUGUCACCGGAAAUAAAGUUUGUGUCCUUCAAGAUGACUCUGUUGAUUCUGUUGGUGAUCUUUACAUCAGAAGCGUGUGCUUUAGUCCUGAUGGAAGAUAUCUCGCUACUGGUGCUGAGGAUAAAUUGAUCCGAGUACGUUUUUCCCCUCUUAUAAUUUUUCACGUGCUAAUUAUCAUCAGGUCUGGGACAUUGCUACACGUACAAUUAGAAACACUUUCUCAGGACAUGAGCAAGAUAUUUAUUCAUUAGAUUUCGCUCGUGACGGUCGUACCAUUGCUUCUGGGAGUGGUGAUCGUACUGUUCGUCUUUGGGACAUUGAGGCUAGUCAAAAUAUUUUGACUCUUAGCAUUGAAGAUGGUGUUACCACUGUCGCUAUUUCACCCGAUACCAAGUACGUCGCUGCUGGUUCUCUUGAUAAGAGCGUUCGUGUUUGGGAUGCUGCUACUGGAUACUUGGUUGAAAGACUUGAAGGUCCAGACGGUCACAAGGACAGUGUUUAUUCUGUUGCAUUUGCACCAAAUGGAAAAGAUCUUGUUUCGGGAAGUUUGGAUAAGACUAUUAAGAUGUGGGAGCUUGUUGCACCAAGAGGUGGUCAUCCAAACACAGGUCCAAAGGGUGGAAGGUGUUUACGUACAUUUGAAGGACACAAGGUGAGAUUUCUUCCAUGUUCAUAUUUGAUAUUCAUACUAAUCAAAAUAAUAGGACUUUGUUCUUUCCGUUGCUCUCACUCCAGAUGGAGCUUGGGUUCUUUCCGGAUCAAAAGAUAGGGGUGUUCAAUUCUGGGAUCCAAGAACUGGUAACACUCAACUCAUGUUACAAGGUCAUAAGAAUUCUGUUAUUUCAGUGGCACCAAGUCCUUCAGGAGGUUCUUUCGCUACUGGUUCGGGUGAUAUGAGAGCGAGAAUUUGGAGUUAUAAGAACAUCUAAUAGAUUGUGAAUGAAGAAGCAUGAAAAGGAAAGAAGUUAAGAAAAUGAAAAUAAUUGAAUUUUAUCAAAAGUGUUUUUUUGAGGAAACUCUACUCUGUAUAUCCUAGGCAAAGCACAGCGAGGCGAGGCAAUCAAUGGCGUAUUCGGUAUUUUAUAUUCGAAGGAUAGGAAUUAAGUCAACAGGAAAGGAAGUUUGUAUAUGAGAUUUGAUCCAGAAUGAAUCAUUGAAAAAGAUUUAUUGAGAGCAGUAAAGACAGUAACAAUAACAGC